GUUUUCUAAUUUUCCAGAGUAAACCAACCGAAACGAUCACAGAGAACGUUUCCCGCCAGCGAGAGAUAAGAGUGAAAGAAGAAAUAGUGAUGGCGAUGGAAGUAGCGACACCGGCUCCGGCACCGAUCACCGCACCGGAGAGAAACAUCAUCCUCGCGCCGGCGACUGUUGAGACUCACAAGAAGAACAGGAUCCAAGUCUCCAACACGAAGAAACCUUUGUUCUUCUACGUUAAUCUCGCCAAGAGGUACAUGCAGCAACACAAUGAGGUCGAACUCUCUGCGCUUGGAAUGGCAAUCACAACUGUGGUGACCAUCUCUGAGAUCCUGAAGAAUAAUGGAUUGGCUACAGAGAAGAAAGUGUUGACAUCGACUGUGGGAAUGAAAGACGAGACUAAAGGAAGGAUGGUUCAGAAGGCAAAGAUUGAGAUUGUGUUGGGCAAAUCAGACAAGUUUGACUCUUUGGUGCCACCUGUGACCAACGGCAAAACGCCGGAGGAGGUAGCUAAAGCAGAGACGGAGGCUGCUGUUGAAGUACAAGAAGCUGCAGCCACAGAGGCCUAGGACGGA